CCGGAAGGUGUACACAGCCACUUCCGGUUCCCUGUCACCAUGGCAAUGGAGGAGGCAGCACAAGGGAAGCAGUCAGUGACCAUGCUGCACUCCCGCUACUACAGCAGUCGGGAAGUGGCUGUCCAUAACACCAUGGAUGAUUUAUGGGUCUCCUACCUGGGAAAAGUCUAUGACCUGACUCCUCUGGCUGAACAGUUUAAAGGUGACAUUCUACUGAAACCCAUUUUAGAAGCAGCUGGUCAAGAUAUCAGCCAUUGGUUCGAUGAGAAGCGUAAAGAUAUACGCAUCAAGAUUGACCAGCUCACCAAUUGCCAGAAGUACCACACUCCUCGUGGCCGCUUUGCUCACAUUCCACCCCUCAUGCCGAUGAGUGAUUGGUGUAAUGCCUUUGGAACACCAUGGUGGAAAGAUCCAAAGUACGAGGUUGGAUAUUUAACUGAAAAAACAAGAGACAUCCGCAUUAUCAACACGCUAACAGGCCAAGAACAGGUGAUCGAGGUGUGCAGUGAGGAGACGGUGAAUGACAUUCUUGAGAGGUACCUAGAGUAUAAUGCACAUGCAGCCAGCUACACAUGGAAAUAUGAUGGGGUUCCUCUGAAGAUGGACAAGACGCUAGAGGAAAAUGGGAUUGUGGAUGAGGAUGAAAUAUUCUACGAGCUGCAGAUGGAACCAGAUAACUAUCGCCAGUCCAUUCUGCUCUAUUUUAAUGACGAUCUAACAGUGCUGUAGAGAGACCUUUGACCUCACCAAAGAGAAAGCCUGCAGCAUCUCCACCAAAUACUGACUGUCACCCAUGACCCUGCUACCUGUAAUCAGAAUGUUAUCAAAUUUCACAAUAAAAUUAGCUUUUAUUAAA